AUCCUUUUGGUAAUUGAAGUAAAAUAAUGUUUGUUAGGAUUUUGACACCCGACGGUCGUUAAAUGUGUUUUAUUCGGGUUUACUAAGUGAUGGAGUACUAACAGAACAUGUCGUCGAAAAUCCCUAUAGGCCCACGAGAAGUUACAAUUACUAAGAGCGUCACUGGUUUUGGCUUUAAUGUUCGCGGCCAAGUCAGUGAGGGCGGACAACUAAAAAGUAUCAAUGGUCAGCUAUACGCUCCUUUACAGCAUGUAAGUGCAGUGCUAGAAGGAGGUGCCGCUUAUGAUGCGGGAAUACGCAAAGGAGAUAGAAUACUUGAAGUGAACAAUGUAAAUGUAGAAGGAUCAACCCAUAAGCAAGUUGUUGAUCUGAUUAAAUCUGGAGGAGAUGUUUUAACAUUAACAGUCAUAUCUGUUACUCCUCAGGAGGCGGAAAGACUAGAACCUAGUGAAGAUCAAUCUACUUACAACUAUAUAGAUUAUAGUGAUAAAAGAUCAUUACCCAUUUCUAUUCCAGAUUAUCAUGUAACUGAUAAGGAUGGUGAAAAGUUUGUGGUGUUUAAUAUAUACAUGGCUGGUCGCCAUUUAUGCUCUAAACGCUACAGUGAAUUUUCCAACUUGCAUGUUAAUUUAAAAAGAGAGUUUAUCGGGUACAAUUUUCCAAAACUUCCUGGAAAAUGGCCUUUUACAUUGAGUGAACAACAAUUAGAUUCAAGAAGACGAGGUUUAGAGUUGUACUUGGAAAAAGUAUGCGCAGUUCGUGUUAUAGCUGAAAGUGAAAUUAUGCAAGAUUUUUUAGCUGAUACUGGCAAUAAUCAGAACUAUGACACAAUAGUCGAUUUAAAAGUUAUAUUACCAGACAGAGAAAUUGUAAUUAUCAAAACUAAGAAAAAUUCCACAGCCGACAGUGUCUAUAAUAGUGUUGUUGAUAAGAUUCAGAUGACUGAAAACACAGCAGCUUAUUUUUACUUGUUUGAAAUUGUUGAGUACAAUUUUGAAAGAAAAAUUCAACCUAAUGAAAUUGCGCAUCAAUUAUACGUACAAAAUUAUAGAACAGCUAGUGCUAGUUGUUUGUGCAUAAAACGAUGGCUUUUUAAUCCAUCAGUUGAGGCCCGUCUACUAGAAUCAGAUACAUUAGCAGCAUCAUUUAUAUUUUGGAGUACAAUCGAUGAAGUUGAUAGAAAUAAUAUUUUUGUAGGUGAUCGUUUAUAUGAGCUAAAAGCUUUGCAAGAUUCUUCCAAAAUGUUAGAUUAUUUAAAAAUGGCUAAAGAACUUCCUGGUUACGGUGAAGUGAUAUUUCCACAUUGCCCUUGUGACUCACGAAAGACGGGUCACGUAAUGGCUGCAGUCGGAUAUCUAGGUUUAAAGCUUAUAGCUUGUACUGAAGAUGGGACUCUAGAGAAUCAAGUUGUUGAGUUUACUUGGAAAACCAUAAAAUGUUGGGAAGUUAAUGAAACAAAUGGUUUAUUUAGUUUUCAAUUUCAGCGUGAAGAUAAAAAUCCCAAAUGUGUCAAGCUGCAUACUCCUUAUUUUACAUUCCUUGCUGAUUGCUUCAAUCGAAUACAAGAAGAAUCGUAGAAAACUUAAACACCAUAAUAAAUAAAAAUAUAUUUAUAAGUAUAUAUAUUAUAUUAUGUGCAGUGAUAAUCAUGAAAUAUGUGUAUUUCAUGGUAAAAAUGACCUGAUAGUAUUAUUGUCAUAUUUUAUAGGCAUUAGUAAAAGGGAUAUUAUUGUAUUCUUUCGAUAUAUAAUAACAUUUAUACUUGUAGCUAGGAAAUAAGUAAAAUUAAAGUUAUAAUAGUUAAUAAUGUGACAGCCUGAAUCUUUUUAAUUGGAUUUGUUAUUCUUUAUAUAGGUAUAUUAUAUACAUAUUUUUAUAUAUUAUUUAACUUUUUCUCGUAUCAAAAUACAAAUUUAUAAAAAUUCUAGUUCUGAAUUUUUGUUAUUAAGUUAGCAUUUGUUAAACAUAAAUACAUUUUAUUCUAAGUCGUUCUCAAAUUAUUUAAAAACAGAAUAAAAAUGCUACUUGAAUUAUAUAUUAAUUAAUAUUAUUAUAGACUGUGUGUCACCAAAAAGAUAAAUUAAAUAUAAAAAAAAGAAUUUUUUUUUAUAAAUCUUUAUCAUUACGCAAUAAAUUUGAGGUAAUUAAGUACUUAUGCACGGUUGCUUAGCCCAUAUGUGACAUUCCGUUUGUUAUUUUGUAAUUGUAAUUGUAUACAUACAUAUUUCUACUGGAAAUUAUCAAAUUGAAUCUUCCAUGUUCUUUGUUUAUUUAUUAUUAAAGUACAUACAUAAUGAUAAAAUAUGUUAUAUUAUUAAAUUUAGUAAUUCAAAUAUUUAAAUUUAUAUAAAAAAAGUAUAUAUAUUUUUCAUAAAAUUUAAAAUAUGUGCCAGUAUUAUUGUAAAUUUGGCCAUUUUAUUUGUAUUUCAGUUGUGUAAUGGAUGGAAGCAGUGGUGUAAGGGUAUACAUUAAGUACUGACUGUACCCAGCAGCCACUUUUCUAUGUAUGCAUGUACUCGAAUUCUGUGUACCAGUGAAUAGAGUACACAAUUUUUGUUACGAGUACAUCUAUGUAGGUUUAGAUAUGACCACAACUUAUUUAACUUAUAAGUAUAUGCCAUAGAUGAUAAUACCCAAUUCAAUCAAGGCGUUCAACAUUAUAUUUUUCAAUGUACAAUAUAAUUUUGAAUUAUUAAAAAAAUUUUUUAUUUUAAUCCUUCAUACUGUUGUUAAAUCACAAUACAAUGUUGAACUGGGUGUUUCAUAUUUCAGAUGUCACAUAAUACAUUACAUACUAUGAUUUGUGACGUCUGGAUGAACUCAAAGAUCUAAAACUGUAUAACUUACCUUAUUAAUUUUAAGAUAACUUUGUGAUUUAUAUUUUGUUAUAAUGUAUGUCUAAUUUUAUUAAUAUUCAAUGGUUAAGUGAAAUAUGCGAGCCGACCUUUGAACAUUUAUUUUAAAUAGCACUUAUUAAAAAUUGUUCAU